GACUAACUUACCCUUUUUAAAUUUAACCCACCCACACCCUCACCCUCACCCUCACCCUCACCCUCACGGCAAACAAAGAAAACGCCAUUGACGAUCAAAAUUCGAAGCUCCAAUUCCAGCAGCAAUAAUCGCGAGACGACAGUGGUGCCGCGCCGACCCACGCAGACGACCCACCCUCCUCUUCGUGCGACGCAACGACCACCAUCAUCCAUCACCUAAGCCUUGAUCACUUGGUACCACUGUAGAAGAAAGGAGGGUAGGAAGAAGAAAACAACAGAAGAAAUAAAAGAAAAGGAAAUGGGAUCAGAAACUCUACAUGCUGUAAAAGUUUGUAAGCACCUUCUUAAAUCGGUGAAGAAGCACAUUGGACAGGAGGACUACAAGCGCCACUUUACAGAUUUUAUCAAGGAAGAAUUUCAGAAGAAUGAUAAACUGUCUGAUCCAUCCUCUGUCCAGAAUAAACUGAAGCUUGCUCGGGAUUACACUUUUUUGCUUAAUAGUAUCCAUCAUCAGAAGGAGCUCCUAUUCUCUUACAACAUUGCCGUGGAUAGAACAGAAGAGAUGAAAAGAAUACUUGGAAAAUCAGCUGCAAGUGUAGGGCUUCAGCUUCCUGAGGUUUAUCAGUCUUGACCCUGACAUUCGUGGCGUUUCUCCCCUCCCCUUUUGUAGCCUACAAUAAGCAGACUAGUAGAAAGAAAAUAGGGACAAUACAUUAUGUGGAUAUCUAUUUGUUUACUAAUGAGUCUGGGGACGUUAACGAGCCGAACUGAGAUGAGCAUGAGGUUAUUCGAUUUGGCUCGUAACACUUUUAUUCGAAUUCGAGUCAAGUCUCGAGCUUUUUCGAGUAUAAAUUUUCUAGUGCAAUUUACCUUAAAACUCAACUUGAGUUAAAGAAUUAUAUUAUGUUAUAUAAAUCGGUUUAGAGUUAA